AAAAAAAUAUCAAAAGUUUUUUAAAAUAUGUAGUGACAAAAAAAAUUUAUUUAUUAAAUAAUCAAUGAAAAUUUUGAAAAAUCAAAAGUUAUUUAAAUAUUCUUUAAAUCUGUUAUACUCUUUCCGUCCCAAAAAGAUGGGUAUAUAUUUAUCUUUUUGGAAAAUUAAGGGAGGAUAUUUAAACAUUCUUUAAAUCUGUUUGCUGUGUUAUAAAUCGGCCAUUGAAUGUCGCUGCAGCAAUAAGAUGCUUCUGAAAGCCAUCCCGCAUGACCCAAUUGGGUUCGGCUACACGCUGUACUCGAAACUUCUGAAUAUGUUCAUCGAGCUAAAAGCCAAAAACAAGUGCCGUAUGGUUCAUGCCCAUUUGAUAACAAAUGGGUUUUCGUCAAACGUACAUCUGGGCACAAAGCUGAUCAUAUUCUACUCAAAGUAUGGUGACAUGGAAGUUGCUCAAAAGGUGUUUGAUGGAAUGCCCCAAAGGAAUUUGGUUUCUUGGACUGCCUUGUUGUCUGGGUAUUCCCAUAAUGUCAAUUCAGGAGAAGCUCUGAGGGUGUUUGCAACAAUGCACCGGAAGGGGUUGAAGGGGAAUCAGUUUACGUAUGCAAGUGCUUUGAGGGCGUGCACCAGUUUGUUGUGUCUGGAAAGGGGGAAACAAGUACAAGGGCGCAUUCAGAAGACCAGAUUUGCUGGGAAUUUGUUUGUGCAGAGUGCAUUGCUUGAUUUUCAUUCAAAGUGUGGGAAAAUAGAGGAUGCUCGUCAUGUGUUUGAUUCAAUGUUAGAGAGAGAUUUGAUUUCAUGGAAUUCAAUGAUUGGUGGGUAUUCUUUUCAGGGGCUCUGGGAUCACGCUUUUUUUGUGUUCCGCUUGAUGCUUAGGGAAGGUUUAUCCCCCGAUUGCUUCACCUUUGGAAGUGUUCUGAGAAAUGCAUGUGGAGAUCAUAGUGUUUCUAGACUCAUGAUGGUCAGCAGUAUACAUGGUAUCAUUGUUCAACUAGGCUUUGAAUCAAGCAACGUUUCAAGGGGAUCUUUAAUUGAUGCCUAUGUGAAGUGUGGAAAUUUAGCUGGUGCAUAUUAUCUUUAUAAGAAUAUGAAGAAGAAAGAUAUCAUAUCAUGCACUGCAUUAAUUACGGGUUAUGCUCGUGAUGGUAAAGGCAUUGAUGACUGUGUGGACAUCUUCUUGGGGUUACACCGAAGCCACUUGGGAAUUGACAGUGUAAUAUUGUGCUCAAUGCUCAACGUGUGUGCUAAUUCAACAUUACUGAGUCUAGGAAGGCAGAUGCAUACUCUUGCAUUGAAAUAUCAAAGUGGUCAGGAUGUAGCCCUAGGGAACUCUUUGAUUGAUAUGUACUCAAAGACAGGUGAGAUUGAGGAUGCUAAGAAAACUUUUGAUCUCAUGAAAGAGAAGAAUAUAAUCUCUUGGACAUCAAUGAUAACUGGAUAUGGUAUGCAUGGCCACGCGGAGCAUGCAAUUUCUCUUUACAAGAAGAUGGAAUCACAAGGAAUUCACCCAAAUGAUGUUACAUUCUUAUCCCUCUUCUCUGCUUGUAGCCAUUCUGGGUUGAUGUCUCAAGGUUGGGAAUGCUUCCAUGAUAUGGUAGGAAAGUAUAAGCUUUUGCCGCGGUUGGAGCAUUAUACAUGCAUAGUAGACCUUUUGGCACGUGACGGUUGGUUGGAGGAAGCCCAUAAUUUGAUAUGUUUGGGGAAUAUUCAGUCGAAUGCCUCUCUUUGGGGAUCAGUUCUUGGGGCUUGUAGCAUGUAUGGAAAUAUGCACCUUGGAGAAGUAGCGGCAAAGAAUUUAUUUAGUUUGAAACCCAAGGAGUCUGCCAACUACGCUGCCCUGGCUAACACAUAUGCAUUGGCAGGUUUAUGGCAAAGGGCAGCAUAUACACGGGAACUGAUGAAAAAUGGGAGGUUACUAAAGAGUCCUGGUUAUAGCUUUACCUUGUCAAAUACUAGCAAGAAUAUACCACUUCUUUCAUCUGGUUGAAACAAGAAUUAUCCAACAGCUCUUCCUUAAGUUGGUCAGAUCAUAGGUGCUUCAGUUUGGCAUAGUGGAGAAUGGUUGGGACAUAUCAUUGGUGUCAUGGAGCUGUGACAGAUAGUAUGGCAUAUCACUCUGGUGCAAUUUGAAAUCUGUGGUGGUGAUGGUGCAUAGGAAUGAUUGGAAAUGCUUUGAAGGUCGCGAUCAUUAUGCAAACACAAACAACUUAUUUUUGCAAGGUAAAAAAAACUGUGCAUGUGGAUCCAACAUGGUGAAACUUCAAGCUGAUUCUGCUUUUGUCAAAAAAACCGAUGACCAGAAAGAGAGUGGUGUAGAAAUCGAGAAAAGGAAACACGUUGACAGCCACAGCUCCUCUAGCCUCCAGUAUUCUGAGCAAUGGAACGAUCGACAAAGCAACAACGGGUAGGCGAGCUGUGAUUAGCGUU